AUUAUGGUAUUUCGCAAUUGAAAAUUCACAAACGUUGUCCUUAGGGUUUUCUCCAAAGCACAAAACAAAAUCACUUCGACCCAGAAACAAGAACGUAGCUUUCAAACUCCAAAUCAAAAUUAAUGGCAACAACGACAACAAAUCAGGAGCAUCAGCAACAGGGAAACACAAACAAGACAGAGAAGAGAAAGCCGGUCUUUAUUAAAGUGGAUCAGCUUAAGCCUGGAACCACUGGCCACACCCUGAUCGCCAAGGUCUUGAACUCCAAUACGGUUUUGCAAAAGGGCCGAGCCACCGCCGCUUCUAACCGUCUCCGCAAUACACGCAUCGCUGAAUGUCUCGUCGGUGAUGAGACCGGCACCAUCCUCUUCACCGCCCGUAAUGAUCAAGUUGACUUGAUGAAGCCAGGAACCACAGUAAUUCUCCGGAAUGCUAAGAUUGACAUGUUUAAGGGUUCCAUGAGGCUAGCUGUUGACAAGUGGGGCCGAAUUGAGGUCACUGAGCCUGCCACAUUCGUUGUAAAAGAGGAUAACAAUCUGUCUCUGGUGGAAUAUGAAUUGGUGACUGUGGCUGCUGAAGAGUGAUGGGAAUAUAGAAGUCAGCAGUCUGAUUCCUACAUAGUGGUUUAUGUAUUUAAAAGCGUGAUGGUUGCUUCUACUCUUUUAUCCUAUGGCAUGGGGUGCUAUUAAGAUAUAAUUACAACAACAAAUGGGUUUGGUAUACAAAUGUCCAUGAAAUUGGUUAAUGUUCUCAUUUUAACUUGCUUAACAUCUAGUAGAAUUAUUUAACGUGAUUUAAGUGCGUGGACAUCGUCACUUGCUUCAGUCUUAUGAAGAAACGGUGCACAUUGAACUUGGAAUGAAAAUAUGUGUUCAUGGUAAAA